AUGCAGACUCCGGCCGCAAAACCUGACUCUAUGAGGGAGGGUCCGGGUGGGCAUCUAGCCUCGGUGACGGCUCCAGUUCGGGGCAUAGACCCCGCUCCGCUUGCUGAUCCAUCCGCCUCCAUGGAACCGGACCGUGGAUCGUCGCCAGAGGCUCCGGACUGCGGACCGUCGCCAGAGGCUCCGGACAGCAGACCGUCUCAGGAGGUUCCGGAUUGCGGACCGUCGCCGGAGGCUCCAGAAUGCGGACCGUCUCAGGAGAUUCCGAACUGCGGACCGUCUCAGGAGGUUCCGGACUGCGGACCGUCUCAGGAGGUUCCGGACUGCGGACCGUCUCAGGAGGUUCCGGACAGCGGACCGUCUCAGGAGGUUCCGGACUGCGGACCGUCUCAGGAGGUUCCGGACUGCGGACCGUCUCAGGACGUUCCGGACUGGGAACUGUCGCCGGAAGCUCUGGACUGGUGUCACGCUCCUUACCCGCUCUGCAGCGUUCUCAACGCCAGCACCUCUCUCCGGAAUCUUGCAUCGAGCUCCUCACUCGACUCCCUGACUGGCUCUGGUUCACCCCUCGACUCCGCCGACCACUCCGUGUGCCUCCCCCCAAAAGAAUUUGGGACUGCCUCUCGGGCCUCCGUCGUGGUUGCGACUCCCGGAGUCGUCGUUGAUCCUCCUUCGCUGCCUCCCCCUGCUUCCAUGGCAGGGUCUUGUCCCUCGCCAUAA